AUGGAUUACACACAAGUAUGCAAGUGUUUAUACCUCAAUUUCUUGGUGCUGGCUGGCAUUUGCCACUCCUGUUCAGGUGUUAGCCAGGUGAUCAAGGCAGUGAAAGAAAUGGCAAUAAUGUCCUGUGAUUACAACAUUUCUGCUGAAGAACUGGCGAGAGUUCGCAUCUACUGGCAAAAGGAGAAUGAUAUGGUGCUGAGUGUCAUAUCUGGGUCAACAAAAAGGUGGCCCAAGUACAAGAACCGGACCAUGAUUGACGUCACUAAUAACCUCUCCAUCAUGAUGAUGGAUCUGCGCCUGACCGACACGGGCAAAUAUACUUGUGUCAUUCAGAAGCUCGAAAAAGGGUCUUACAAACGGGAACACCUGACUUCAGUGAUGUUAUCAGUCAGAGCUUACUUCCCUAAACCUAGUAUAACUGCCUCUGAAACGACAUCUUCUAACGUUAGAAGAAUAACUUGCUCAACCUCUGGAGGUUUUCCAGAGCCUCACCUCUCCUGGUUGGAAAAUAAAAAGGAAUUAAACGCCAUCAACACAACAGUUUCCCAAGAUCCUGAAACUGAGCUCUACACUGUUAGCAGUGAGUUGGAUUUCAAUGUGACCAGCAACCACAGCUUCGUGUGUCUCAUCAAGUAUGGAGAUUUAACAGUGUCACAGACCUACAACUGGCAAACACCUAAGCCAGAGGAUUUUCCUGACAAUCCGCCUUCAUUCCAGACCUCUACAAUCCUACUAGCAAUAAUGAUUCCUGUGAUCACUGUUCCAGUAAUCAUUGCAGUAAUAUGGUGCUGGGUCCACAAUCAGGAAUGGUUGAUGAAAGAUGGCUAA